AUGGCUUUCAGUGACUCUCCAUCUGAUUUUGAUUGGGAUACGUGGUCCGACAACGAGUCGAUCCAUGGAAGCAGCUCAGCGCCUGCAGUAUCUUCUAGGGCGGCAUCGCAGCAACCUCCUGGUGGCCGACUCCCAUUACUUCGACUGAUUGACUGGGACAGAUUCCGCAGUUACGAUGAGCAGCCGCCAACCUGUAUUCAUUACUCUCUUGAGUGGAAAUUGACAGCGAACAAUAGAACAGUGUCCAAAGACAGCGAGCCGAAUCUUGUCCUUGCUCCGGGCGAUUUCUGGGACAUGACGUUGCAGAGCAAGCUCAGCAACCUUGUGACCAAGAAGCUGGCCAACAAACUCUUCAAGCCCGAUGAUACCACCGUGAUAGUGUCUGUGCGAGACCGCUCCGAAGACCUAGUCAAGCGAUUCGAUGAUCUAGAGAUAGAAUGGGAGGUCGUCGAGACGCAGCUGCGCACGUGGAGCCACUUGUUUCGUGCUGGCAAAAAGCUGAAGAUCAGUGUUUCCUUCAAUUACGUGGAGACUGGACCGCGGCCGGCAGUGCCGGACGACGGGGAACGAAGCGCUCAGCAACGCAACGGAUGCUUGCCGAGCGCGAUGCAGAGCUCGAAGGCGAGCGCAACAGGACGGGACAGGCGCCGUCUUGGGAACGAGUGUACAGCCUCAUGA